CUUACAGGUUAAUUAGCUGGCACAGCGUCUUAAAUUGUCAGCGUGAAAGUAUUGCUACAACAUUUCUUUCUUGAACGCACCCCGGCGAAAUCCGUCUCCUACAUAAGCUGUCGACAAGAAACAACACUUGAAAACUUACAACAAGCUGCCAUGGCCUCAGGUGGGGCCCCAGUGCCAGGGGCCACCCAUUUGGCCACCAAGGUGGAGCUGACCAUCUCCUGUGAGAACCUCAUGGACAUGGACAUCUUCUCUAAGUCUGACCCUCUGUGUGCCUUGUACAUCAACACUUCAGGCUCCCACUGGUAUGAGUUUGGGCGCACAGAGAUGAUCCUGAACUGCCUGAAUCCAAAGUUUGCCAAGAAGUUUGUUAUCGACUACUAUUUCGAGAUGGUGCAAAGGCUGAAGUUUUGCGUGUAUGAUAUCGACAAUAACACCUACGAUCUGAGUGAUGAUGACUUCCUGGGGGAGCUUGAAUGUACCCUGGGUCAGAUUGUUUCUAACAGGCAGAUGACUCGACCUUUGAUGCUGCCGGACAAGAGGCCCGCUGGUCACGGGACCAUCACAAUCUGUGCUGAAGAAAUAACAGACACCAGAGUGGCAAACUUUGAGGUGUCAGCCCGCAGGCUGGACAAAAAGUUUUUGUGGUGGUCCGACCCUUUCCUGGAAUUCUACAAGCAGACAGAAACUGGAUGGCAGCUGGCUCACAGGACAGAGGUGGUGAACAACAACCUCAACCCAAUGUGGAGACCCUUCCGCAUCUCAUUGCGAUCUCUCUGUGGAGGAGAUGUGGAGAAACCUAUAAAGGUUGACUGUUAUGACCAUCAUGCCAGUGGCUCCCAUGACCUUAUUGGAAGCUUUAAAGCCACCCUUGCGGAGAUGCAAAUGGGUACACACAUUUACCCGGCUGAAUUUGAGUGCAUUAACCCAAAAAAGUUAAAGAAGAAAAACUAUAAAAACUCUGGGGUCAUUUGCAUCAAGCACUGCCAGGUGUUGAAGGAGUAUACCUUCCUGGAUUAUAUUAUGGGGGGUUGUCAAAUCAACUUCACUAUUGCCAUCGACUUCACAGGCUCUAACGGGGAUCCCAACACUCCCCAGUCCCUCCACUAUAUCAACCCUGAAGGCUAUAAUGAAUACCUGACAGCCAUCUGGACGGUGGGUAAUGUCAUCCAGGACUAUGACAGUAACAAGAUGUUUCCAGUCUUUGGUUUUGGAGCCCAGGUCCCUCCCUCCUGGCAGGUUUCCCAUGAGUUUCCUAUCAAUUUCAAUCCAGCAAAUCCAUUCUGCUCGGGCAUAGAGGGUGUGGUGCAUGCCUACCGGCAGUGUCUACCUCAGGUGAAGCUCUGGGGCCCCACCAACUUCUCUCCGAUUAUCAACCAUGUAGCCUGCUUCGCCCGACAAGCCAUCCAGCAGAAUAUUGCCUCACAAUACUUUGUGCUGCUCAUCAUCACAGAUGGCGUGAUCACAGACAUGGACCAGACACGCACUGCUAUUGUAGAGGCCUCUCGUCUGCCCAUGUCUAUCAUCAUAGUGGGUGUGGGCGGGGCAGACUUCAGCGCAAUGGAGUUCCUUGACAGUGAUGACAAACUGCUGUAUUCGCCCAGCGGCGAUGUCGCCUCAAGAGACAUCGUCCAGUUUGUGCCCUUCAGAAACUUCCAAGGAAACAGUGUGGCCCUUGCCCAGAGCGUCCUGGCAGAGCUGCCUGAUCAAGUGGCCUCUUUCUUCAAUUCUUACAAGCUGAAACCCCCUAAUAUAGCGAGUGUUUCUGGCCCGUCCUAGAAAGAUGGGUUAAAUUAACCCAAAUACCUCAUAUUUACUGCUUAUAUGCAUCUCCUGCACCAUGUUUCUGUAUUUACUGUAUGGAAUGGUGUAAAUCAAUGAAGAAAAAAAAGACAAGAAAAGAUGGAUGUAGGGUAAAAAAUACACAAUAAAAAAAAAUAUAUAAUUAACCUCAAAUCUGUGACUGGAAUUUUCAGUAAUGGUUUAUAUUUGACUUGAUUUGAAGUUCAUAAAAGAAGAGCUGCUGUGACCAAGAGAUGUGAUAGCUUGUAUAGUGCAUGAUAACACCAAGUGAUCCCAAUAAAAGUAAUCAGAAUAUA